CAGAGAGAAAGAGUGUGAGAGAACUGGCAGAGAUUAGCAGCAGUUUAAAAGGAGCUAAACAUUUAAUAAGCGGCAGGGGAAAGAGCCCUGCCACUUACUCAGGCUCUCCGAAUCAGGGCAACCCCACACUGACAUAGCCCGGCUUCACCACUGACACUAACGAUAAUUGGAGGUAGGAGGAGAGGGAGAAAAGUUUUUAUUCUGAUCCGAAUUCCGGCCAAAACAAACGAUGACAGCGAAAACGGUGGAGAAAAUCCCGCUGCCGCUCGGAAGUCUCUUUCACCAGCUGCCCGAAAGCAUGUUCCCCGUGGAGGAGAUCAGUUCGAUGCCCGCGUCCGUCACUAUCUUCCCUAACCCGGAAAUGGCACAGUAUGAGCAGAUGGCCUCAGAUGGAAUAAUCAACGUGGACAUGGCCAGCGACAAAAGAGCAAUCGACCUACCUUAUCCCAACAGCUACCACCUACCCUCUGCGCACAGAACACAGACUGUUGGCUACACAGGCAAAUUUUCCAUUGAGUCUCAGUGCGCCAGUCCCAAUUGGAAUCCUGAAGGUAUCAUCGUGAGCGCCGGGAUUCUCGGAAUCCCUGCAUCGUCCUCCUCUUCAUCGUCCUCUUCCUCCUCCACGGCUUCUCCAAACCCACUCUCCAGUCCCCUCAGCUGCACGAUGGCGCAGAGUCAGAACGAGAUGGAGCAUAUGUACUCGCCGCCACCUCCUUACACCUGCGGGGAGAUCUAUCAGGACCCGACUCCUUUCUACAGCACCUCCACUGGCAGCCUCGGGUACCCUCCUCCCCCGUCCUACCCUUCUCCAAAACCGAUGGUAGACAGCACUUUAUUUCCCAUCCUGCCGGACUAUAGUAGCAUCUUCCAGCCCCAGCACCCGCACCGGGACCUGCACCCGGGGACCGAGCGCAAGCCUUUCUCCUGCCCCGUGGAACCCGGCAGGAUGGCACCGCCUCUGACUCCGCUUUCCACCAUCAGAAACUUCACCCUGGGCAACCCGGCAGGGGAGGGCUCCCGGCUGCCCAGCGCAUACGGCGGACAGAACUUACCUCUCCGGCCCAUCAGGCUCAGGAAAUAUCCAAACCGCCCCAGCAAGACCCCGGUGCACGAGAGACCCUACCCGUGUCCGGCCGAGGGCUGCGACCGAAGGUUCUCCCGCUCCGACGAACUCACCCGGCACAUUCGGAUCCACACGGGGCACAAACCUUUCCAGUGCCGCAUCUGCAUGAGGAACUUCAGCCGGAGCGACCACCUCACCACCCACAUCCGCACCCACACCGGCGAGAAGCCCUUCUCCUGCGACUUCUGCGGCAGGAAGUUCGCCAGGAGCGACGAGAGGAAGAGACACACCAAGAUCCACCUGAGGCAGAAAGAGAAGAAGCUGGCCAGCGAGAGGGCGGCCAGUUCCUCUGUGGGGACUCUCUGCAGCGGGAGCAGCCCUUUGCCUCUCUGUCCGCCCAGAACAGUCUAAACUGGAAACACAACCGCAAAGAAAUGACACUACUGUACCCGAAGGCAAAGAACCUAAGGGCGUAGACAAAGUAUUUAUGGCAGAUUGCACCCGAAUUUCUGACAGUUCUUUGAUAUACUGUUUGCUACUUCCUCCAGCUUCGUCUCCAAGAACAUGAGAACGCCCCUCUCCCCUGAAGAUCUUUUGGGGAAAGCACAUUGACUUUUUUUUCUUUAACUCGGCUUUUCUUUGUAUUAUUUUGCAGCACACGGUUUCUGGUUUCCCCACAACGGCUAAGGUAGUCAGGACAUUGCACAUGCCGUGUUAACGAUCGGUCUCACCCCUCACCUGCCAGUCCCUAACCGUAGUUCCGGGGCACAGCCAUCCCUCCAAAGCCACUUCUUAAACGUGCAACCGGCGUGAGGUGGCUUGAAAACGACCCUGGAGGGAAAGGACUUGAGGCGGCGAAGGUGUUGUUGCGGGGAACUUGUAUGCAAGAUAGGAAAGGGAUGUUUUGUGGAAAAGGCAGCGAAUGUUUUCUGAGGAAAUUAGCUUCGGCACUUUUUUUAUUGGUCACUAAUAUUUCCAACAACAAAAAAAAGCUAAGCAUGAUAAGCAGUGUAAAAGCUCUCUAAUCUGAUAAGCAUAACCAGGAACCGGCUUCCUUUUGCUGAAGCCUUAAGUUUAGUACUGUGUGUACAGCAAACAAUUCAUAUUUUAAUUCUUUCCUAGUGGUGUAACUGACGCCCAAAGGAAAAAGGGGGUUAGAGAAUUCAAACCGGAUCAGAGAAUACUGAGAGACAACUUUAUCCUGUGUUAGUUUAAAUCGCAAGUGGAUGUUUUGUACUUUCGCAUUUGAACUCUGCAUGCUGAGAUUUUUUGGUGCCUUGUUUAUUGUGGACGAUUCUAUAUGUCUGCAUGUAAAUAUCCAGCCUUAAAGACUGACCAUGGCAAUCGUGAAAUCGCCAAUAACCUUCACAAGCUGGCGAAACGGUUCAAUUCCUGCCAAUUAAUAUGGAGUUUUUUAGAAAAUAUUUUUGUACGUGUUUUGUGCUAAUAUUUCCAAGUGUUUCACAUUUUGUAGCAAAGCUCUGGUUAUAAAGAGUGUGAAUAAUUCUUAUGUUGCUGAUGCUGACCUGUCAAAUGUUUAAUGUAUUGGUGUCAAACCACUAACUGGGUGAAAAUUGAACUAAUUGCUCCCAUCAAACUUUACUGUUUUAUGGUUAUAUUGAUGUAAAUAUAAUUUUACAAAAUAUGUAUAUUGUGUGUGUGCGUGUGUGUGUGUGUGUGUGUGUGUGCGUUUUCAUAAAUUGGAUUCGAAAUGCAUCACUUAUAUGCCAUUCGGAUUUUUCUGAUCUGAAAUGUACUGUCUAAAGACAAUAAAGCGGGGUCAAUAAUAAUUUACGAAAAAGAAUUGGGUACAUGAAAAAGAACAAUUUUCACGAAAUGUGUCAGUGACAUUAAACCUGAUUCUGAUUCUGAAGAGGGGUAAAGAGAGAAGCAAUGGAUCUAAGUGGUUAGUGCAGAUGCGACUGACCCAAUACUUCUCUCUAUGGAGAAUAAUCCACAAUUCUGACCUUUUAUUCGGAACUUCCCGUCCCCUCAGUACUACAGUGAAGUGUCAGCCUGGACUGCGGAUUCCAGAUCAGGCAGGGAUCUUGAAUUCACGGGGUUGUGUGAUUCAGAGACUGCACGCCAAUGAGCCAGCAGCAGCAACAACCGAUUAUGUAUCUUCCAUUUGGCGUCUAUUAAGUCGCCGAGGAGCCCUAUUCCUUAGCAGCCACUAACUUUCAAAAGCGCGGCGAGAAUGC